AUGCUCUUAGUUCUAAUCUACUACUUGAAGCGAAAUCUCAUUCUCACUCAAGUGGAUUUGGAAGAUAUUUUAGUUUUUGAAGUGCCAAAUUCUUCUCCACCAAGUUUUGCGGCCGAGGAGACACGGCGUUCAUUCGUUCGUGACACUCGGUCAGCAAUUCAGUUGGCUUAUCAGCUUGUACGCGAAGCUCGUGACGUACGCAGCCAAGUUUCUGCUACUGCCUCCACUGGCUCUCCAGUGGCCGUGAAUGCAGGGCCUCGUUCUCCGGGGCUCGAGGUUACCGCCAGUCGGUGUCAGCAAAUGGCCGAUGAACUGCAGGCCAGUCUUAUGCGAUGUCUACACGGCCUUCCUGGUCAGCGAGAGUUGACUGAGGCCGUUCACUUGGUAGAACGCCGGCGUGCUGAUCUCGAGCAUUUUCUGUUAUCUGAAAGAGCAACGAAUGCUGCAGGCCAGUCUGGUCCUGGUGUGGCCCAACCGGUCACGACAGACGAGUUUUCGGGCAUGCAAGAACGAUUCACCAGCGCUGCGGUCGAAUUUAACCAAGUAAAGCUUUUCAUCUUACCGUUUGAACCUCAUCUCUAUUUUCUCUAUGAGUAG